GAGGUCACUUUGGUCGACUUCGACGCGUCCAAGCGUUCCCGCCUCGGAUCUCAACUUUGACUCGAUAAAACUGCCUCUAUAUAUCGAUAACAGCAAGCUUUAACACCACAGACGGAUGACACAAAGGUCUAUCUGAAAGAUGGCGAGAAUAAAAGAGAAUCCCUGUGGCCUGUCCCAAGAGGUGACCCUGGCCGUGUUACCCAGACUGUACAUGGAAGAGGUGGUGACAGAACUCAGGAGAAGGAACAUCAGUCCAGACACCAACACCGCGGGAAACUGUCGGGAACAUCUGCUGAGGAUUCUGCAGGACGUGAUCGAACAAGAGUACCGCGGGGCGGUCACAGGAGCGAGCUCAGAUCUGGGCAGCAGUUUGGACGUACUCCACUUGCCACAGGGAGAGACUAUAGCUGGAUCCAAUUCACAAAACAGUACAACUGUUAGGGUACCCCCUAAGUCUUCACAGGUACCACCUAGAAACAUACAGGCUUGCAACCUUUUUGAGUUGCAGACCAUACCUGUAUCCAACGUACAGAACAGUACAACUGUUAGUUUGCCUGUAACUAGAAACAUACAGGCUACCUUGCCUGACCCUUGCAGCCUUAUGGAGUUCCAGACCAUACCUGUAUCCAAUGUACAAAACAGUAGAACUAUUAGUUUGCCUAUUACAUCUUCACAGGUACCAACUAGUAGCACACAGGCUACCUCAUCUGAUCCUUGCAGCCUUUUUGAGUUACAGACUGUGCCGGUAGCCAAUGUACAAGUCAGUACAACUCUAAGUUUACCUGUUACAUCAUCACAGAUACUAGAAGGAACUAGUAGUAAUAGUAGUCACAUACAGUUUACUUCAUCUGAUGCUUGCAGUCUUUUGGAGUUACAGUCCAUUCCUGUAUCCACCGUACAAGACAACGUUACAACAAGUUCAGUGCCAGUCGAUACUCUCCAAAACCUGAGCACCCUGUCUGCCGCUUGCAGCACUUUUGAAGAUGCAGAUGUGACUGUAGAGUUUGCCAUCGAAGAAGUGGAUCACACUCAGUAUACCAUGGAGAGCUGCAGUAGUGAUGAUGAUGAUGGCAUGGCCGCCACUGAUGUACCCGUCACGGUUACUGUCGAUGAGAAUUUCAGCUGGAGCAUCUUGUCUAAAGAUGACGAAACUGCUAAAAGGAACAAUGAAAGAAAUGCUUCACAGGAUGACGAAACUUCUGUGCAAAACAACAGCAAGUCUAAAAAGGAGUCUGUUAGCCAAGACAGAGCCAAGAAGACAUCCAAGAAAAAAGCCUCUAAAACUAGUAGUAAAACUAAAAGGUCCAGCACAGGAGACAAAGUCUUUAAGUGUGGAGAAUGCAGCUACAGCAUUUCUAGAAAAAGGGACCUGGCCUUACAUAAGAUGAAACACCACACUGGUGAGAUGCCCUUCAAGUGUAAGGAUUGUAACUACAGCACGGCUCGGAAGACAGACCUCAAGAAGCACAGAAUAGUUCACACGCGAACCUUGCCCUUCAGCUGUGAGCUGUGCGACUUCAAAACAGCCUACCAGUCUUGUCUCUCCAGACACAUGAAAGUUCACGAUGAGAACUCAGAGGAGGCUAAACGCAAGGACAACAGAGUCUACAAGUGUGGGGAGUGUGACUUCAGCACGAAAAAGAGAGAGAAUUUGCAUGGCAUAAACAAAAUCACACAGGCAAAAUGCCCUACACGUGCGACCAGUGUGACUACAGUUCGCUGAGGAAAGUAGACCUUGCCUUGCAUAAGAAAA